AUGCUAAUCAGGUGGCUCUGGUGUUCGGCCUCGACUAGCGCCUUUUUGUCCGUGCAGCAUCCGCACCUGUUUAAGCAGCGGUGGUUUCACGCCCAACAGCGAAGCUGGAGCCUUGUAUCGCGCACGCGGCGCACGCUCUGCCUGGACUUGCGUUUGAGGAGGCUCUUGGAAGCGAACAGAACGCUUCGAUUGGUCGGCUCUGUUCUCGGCGGGCUUGCGCUGGUGCUUCACACGGGUGCGCCCCCAGUGCUACGAGGAAGCGAUCACCACGCAACUGGAUCACUUGGCUUCGUUGUGAAACGGACUCGCAACAUGGCUUGGCGUGCAUCUGGGCACACGAACGCUGAACUUGUUCACAACCUGAAACGUUUGGGUCUUAUUGAGUCGCCGGUGGUCGAAAAGGCUUUUCUGGCAGUCGACCGAAAAUACUUUGUGCCAGUUGGGCGGCCAGCAUCGGUCUCUUUAUCAACGCCAAGCACCUCAGGGCAGCAGCAGCAGCAGCAGCAGCAGCAGCAGCACAUGGAGCCAUCUGCCUCUGCUACUGCGCAAGUUCGUGAUGCGAGUGCACCGCAGCCGCCCGCAGCCAAUGCGCCGUUGGGCGUGUUUCCUGGACGACAGCAUGAGGAACGCGACGAAUUUGCACAGAACGAUCCGUAUGAAGAUAGCCCCCAGUAUAUUGGAUACUACGCGACGAUCUCGGCACCGCACAUCCAGGCGAUGUGCGCGGAGCUGCUGCGUUCACACAUCGGUCGCCCCGGGGCGCGCGUAUUGGAUGUCGGCAGUGGGACCGGCUACCUGACGGCCAUCUUUGCAAAAUUAGGCGAGUUUACACUGCAGUUGUCGGACGCAACCGAGGAUAUUGCAGCACCGACGCCAGCGACAACGAGAGCGCUGCUUCCUCGCGUCUUCGGCAUCGAUCACGUUCGUCCGCUUGUGGAGGCAUCACUGCAGAACAUUCGGCUGAGCAAUCCAGAGCUAAUCGAUGAGCAACGGGUUGCUUUCAAGGCCGAUGAUGGACGGCUAGGUUGGCCCGAAUAUGCUCCCUUUGAUGCCAUUCAUGUUGGUGCAGCUGCGGACGUUGUGCCGCGAGCGCUGCUGGAGCAACUCAAGCCCGGAGGUCGAAUGGUAAUCCCCAUUGGACCCGAGGGUGGCGAUCAGAAACUCGUGGCGAUUGAUCGCGACGAAACAGAUCCAUCCAAGUACAUUCAAAAAGAUAUAACGGGUGUUCGCUACGUUCCGUUAUGCGAUUUGGCGUAUCAGUGGCAGGGCGCCCUUAAUGCGGACACCGAAGAGGAAGAGAAACUGUGA